CCUCACCAAAACCUACUACCACUGUGCAAAUUCCUAGAUAAAAAAAUUCAAACCUUUUCCCUUGGCAAUUGGAGCGAUCCAACCUCCCUCUUUCUGCACCUCCAUCUUCAUUUUGCCAUUCAAACUCUCAACUGCAAUAUCUCUCUGUACACGCCCCAAAAUCUUCUCCUCUCUCACUCUCUUGUGUACCAUUGGCUGACUCUUGCGGCCACAUUUAAUGCCACCUAAUCCCAACUCGUACACAUUUCAAGUUUAAAGCCAGCGCAUGCAUGCACAUAACCAUACCAAGCUCAAAUUCAAUCCAGAUUGUUGCCAUAGCCAAAGGAAAACUCCAACAUGAAUCUCUCCUUCAAUCUCCCUCUCUUGCUUCUGCUGCUAGUUUCACCUCUGUUCUUUCGUUUCAUCUCCUCUGAUGACACUUCAGAUGCUCUUCUCUCGUUGAAGAUGUCAAUCGUCGACGACCCAUUUCAUGUUCUUGAUGAAUGGUCAUCUGAAAACCCUGAUUACUGCAAUUGGACAGGUGUCACUUGUGAUCAAUCCAACUCCAUCGUCAGCCUGAAUCUGUCAGCUUCAUCUCUGACAGGUUCAAUCUCUCCUGCACUUGGCCAGCUCGCUUCUCUUGUAACUCUUGAUCUCUCUGAUAACCGAUUGGCUGGUAACAUCCCUCCUAAGCUUUCAAACAUUUCUUCACUUGAAAUAUUGUUGUUGUAUUCAAAUAGUCUUUCGGGCACCAUUCCUUCGAGCUUAGGCUUAUUAUCGAACCUCAGAGUCCUUCGACUCGGUGAUAAUGCUGAGUUGACAGGAAUAAUUCCUCAUUCAUUUGGUGAUCUUUUGAACCUGACAAUUCUUGGGCUUGCUUCCUGUAAUAUACGUGGUCCGAUACCGAACAGAUUGGGUGAGUUGGGCAGAUUGCAGAACUUAGUUUUGCAGCAGAAUAGACUUGGGGGUUCGAUACCGAAAAGUUUGGGGAACUGUAAAGAUUUGAUGGUGCUCACGUUGGCAGAGAACCAAUUUACUGGGACUCUGCCUGUUGAGCUUGGUGACUUAAACAGUCUGCAAGUUUUAAACCUUGCUAAUAAUUCACUAGAAGGAAAUAUACCAACCCAAAUUGGUAGAUUGAGCCAACUUGUGUACCUCAACUUGAUGGGAAACAAGCUUGAGGGCUCAAUUCCGGGUUCAAUUGGAGAAUUGGGUAACCUGCAGACACUUGAUUUGUCAAUGAAUUUGCUUGAGGGUGAGAUUCCAAAGGAACUAGAACAGUUGGAAGAGCUGGUAUUUCUAGUUCUUUCGGGUAAUAAAUUUUCAGCAUUGUUGCCUGAAAACAUCUGUCAAAAUUCACCUGGCUUAGAACAUUUGCUUCUAUCAACUAACAGCUUUACUGGAAAAAUUCCUAUCAGUUUGAUUGACUGCGCAUCGUUGAAACAGUUAGAUUUAUCUAACAAUAGUCUAACUGGGCAAAUUCCUUCUGAGCUCGGCGAGCUUUACAAUCUCACUGAUCUUCUUCUCAACAACAAUAGCCUCUCUGGAUCAAUCCCUCGCAGUUUUGGUAAUCUUUCCAAUCUUCAGACACUGGCAUUGUACCACAAUGAACUGAGAGGUGAAAUUCCUGAAGAACUUUUUCGAUUACGGAAUUUGCAGAUUCUAUACUUAUAUGAAAAUCAACUGUCUGGUGAAAUUCCAUUGGCCAUCGGUAACUGCUCGAGCUUGCAGAUGAUUGAUUUCUUUGGAAAUCAGUUCAGUGGUAGCAUACCUAUUACCAUCGGUCGACUGAAGGAACUGAACUUUCUGCAUCUUAGGCAGAAUAGUCUUUCUGGCGAGAUUCCAGCCACUUUGGGGAAUUGCAAGCAGCUUACUAUUCUUGAUGUGGCUGAUAAUCAGUUAACUGGCAAACUUCCAGCAACAUUCGGGUUCUUAGAAUCUCUUCAACAGUUCAUGCUCUAUAACAAUUCACUUGAAGGUAAUAUUCCUGAUGAGAUGUUCAACUGCAAAAAUAUUACCAGGGUGAACUUGUCCAAUAACAGACUCAAUGGAAGCAUCCUCCCUCUUUGUGCUUCGAGCUUCCUCCUCUCUUUUGAUCUAACUAACAAUUCCUUCAAUCUUGAGAUUCCUGCGCAAUUGGGAAACUCCGCGCUUCUUGAAAGAAUCCGGCUAGGCAGUAACAAAUUGACCGGCGAAAUUCCUCCGAUGCUUGGAGAUAUCGACGCUUUAUCUCUUCUUGAUCUGUCGAGCAAUUUGCUCACUGGAGAGAUACCGAGAGAGUUGGCUUCUUGUAAAGGAUUGACACACAUUGAUGUCAAUGGUAACAAGCUCACUGGAGCUGUUCCUCAUUGGCUAGGGAGCUUGCCUAAUUUGGGAGAACUUAAGCUCUCUUCUAAUAAGUUCUCAGGUCCUCUUCCUAUCGAACUCUUCAACUCUUCCAACCUCCUGAGGCUUUCUCUUGAUGAUAAUGUGCUAAAUGGUUCACUUCCUUCUCAAAUUGCCAAUCUUGCAUCUUUGAAUGUUCUUAACCUUGCUCACAACAAAUUCACUGGUCCUAUCCCUCCUUCAAUUGGAAAGUUAACCAAGCUCUAUGACCUUCGUCUCUCUAGCAAUUUCUUCACUGAUGAUAUUCCUUUUGAGAUUGAGCAGCUGCAGAAUCUACAGACUGCACUCGACCUGAGCUUCAACAACCUCACAGGAGGAAUACCAACAUCCUUGUUCUCGCUCUCCAAACUUGAAGUUCUCAACCUCUCUCACAAUUUUCUGACUGGAGAAGUCCCUCAUCAGAUCGGCGAUAUGAGAAGCUUAGUCAAGCUGGAUCUCUCCUAUAAUGAACUUCAAGGAAAGCUAGAUGGAGGGUUCUCUCACUGGCCACCACAAUCUUUUUCUGGAAAUGUUGCACUCUGUGGUAUCCCCCUCCAAGGAUGCGUUGGUUCAGCACCAAAUAAUCGCCGUUCGAACCUAAACUCUGCAUCCAUAGGGGUGCUCUCUGCCUCUCUGACUAUCGCCUUUAUUUUUCUGCUCAUUGGUCUUGCGAUCUUUUUCAGAAGACGACAUUUACUAAAAUCAAGUGAAGUUAAGUGUGUUUAUUCUACAACUUCGUCACAAGUCGAAAGAGAGCUGGUCCUGAAAGGCUCAGGUAGACGAGAUUUCAAGUGGGAUGCAAUCAUGGAAGCUACUAAACACCUACAAGACGAGUUUAUUAUCGGUUCAGGUGGUUCAGGGACGGUCUACAGAGCUGAGUUGCCCACUGGAGAAAUUGUUGCGGUGAAGAAAAUUGUACAUAAAGAAAACGAACUCUUCUUAAGUGAUAAAAGUUUCGGAAGGGAGAUUAGAACACUGGGAAGAAUCAGACACCGACAUCUUGUGAAGCUGUUGGGAUUUCUUAACGGCACAAAUGGAUCGAACCUGAUCGUUUAUGAUUACAUGGAGAAUGGUAGUCUAUGGGACUGGCUUCACAGGCCUACGGUGAGUCAGAAGAAGAGGAAGGAGCUCAACUGGGAACUAAGAUUGAAAAUUGCAACGGGGCUUGCGAAGGGAGUGGAGUAUCUGCACUGUGAUUGUGUGCCAAAGAUCAUUCACAGAGACAUCAAAUCGAGCAAUGUUCUCCUCGAUGGAGAUUUGGAGGCCCAUUUGGGUGAUUUCGGGCUAGCAAAAUUUAUCACUGAAAAUCACAGAACAAACUCGAAAGGCUACACUGAGUCUGAAUCCUUAUUCGCAGGCUCCUUUGGCUACAUUGCGCCGGAGUAUGCUUGCUCUCUAAGGGCGACGGAGAAGAGUGAUGUUUACAGCAUGGGGAUAGUGCUAAUGGAGCUGGCGAGCGGGCGAUCGCCUACCUCUAGGUCAUUUGGGGAUGAUAUGGACAUGGUUAGAUGGGUCGAAUCUAGAAUGGGCUCACAAUCUUGGAGCUGCGAGGAGUUGCUGGAUUCGUCUCUGAAACCCUUGGCAACACAUGAGCAGUCAUCGAUGUUCGAAGUGCUCGAGGUGGCUCUCCAGUGUACAAGAACGGCUGCAGCGGAGCGGCCUACAUCAAGAAAAGUCUCUGAGCUUCUGCUUCAGAUUUCCUCAAGGAUGCAUAGGCUUGGUUCUGGGAAAAAGAACGUAGUUUAGGACUUGAGAGUUUGUUUAUUCGAUCUUCAACGUGCAGUAUUAGGCCGUUAAUAUUGUCUGUUCCCGUUCAGUUGUCAUUUGUGCCGCGCGUUUUUUGGUUGAUUUCAAGUUCUGAA